CGACCCAAUCGUCACGCUGUCGCCCUUCAAGCCCACUCGAUUCUUCUGGCCCCCAACCUAUACCUCCUUUAGGGAGACUGUUUCCCUUCGCUCUCGCCCCCGUUUACGUCGAACCGCAAGCAUGCCUCAUCAGGUUGAAGAAGUCGUCGAGCCCGUCGUGCUCGUGAGGGAGCUCGAAGACGACGAGCUCUACGUCCUCAACAGCUUCGAGAACCACGCCGGCCACUGCUCCCGGUGUGCCAACCCCACCAAGGCUCGUGAGGAGGACCGAUCCCUGUGCAAGCGUGGCCACCAGUACGCGCGAGACGUGGCCGAAUACCUGCGCAGCAAGAACGGCAAGAUCUACUCGGUGGUCGACCUGGAACGCAACCGAUCCACCCUGGUCAAGGUGCCUCUCAAGUACACCGCUGCUCGUCGGCUGUUGCUGGCUAUCGAGGACGGUCUGCGCGUGGAGCGCAAGGCGGCCGUUCGCAACUCCGCGCCUCCGGUCAUCAGCUACGAUGCCACCUACCCCGUGCCUCCCCGACGCACCACAACACAGGCGUAUCACCCUACACAGGCCAUCAUUGAACGCGAGCCUCGAUCGCUGAAGCGUCACCGCGCCAUCAUCUACACCUCCCCUCGCAGCUCGCCCAGCCGAGGCUCUCUGUACGAGGCCGACGCGGCUGAGCGCUAUGAGCGGGUCAAGGAAUCAUCGCGUAUCUACCGGCCGACCGACUACCACCGCUGAAUGAACGAUUGGUUUGCUCUGUGCUUACACCGU